GUAUUGAAGAUAGUCUUACUUAUUGCUAUGAUGUUAUCUCUACUGCAAGAGAGCUUUCAAUUCAUGUUGGUUGAUACAUAUCAUGUGUUAUGGGUUGCCCUGUAGAAGUAAUGGUGCCUCCAUCAAAAUUUGCGUAUGUGGCCAAACAACUCUGUGAUAUGGGUUGCUAUGAAAUUUCUCUUGGUGAUACAAUUGGUGUUGUCACAUCUGGAACUGUCAUUCAACUGUUUGAAGCUAUUCUUUAUGGUGUUCCAAUUGAUAAGCUUGCUGUCCAUUUCCAUGACACUUAUGGGCAAGCCCUUUCAAAUAUUUUAGCAUUUCUCCAAAUGAGGGGAUCAACACUGUGGACUCAUAGGUUUCAGGUCUUGGAGGUUAUCCAUUUAAUCCUGAGUUUUAUCAGGAAAUGUUGCCACUGAGGGUGUUGUUUACAUGCUAAAUGGACUUUGGAGUAAAACCCAAUGUGGAUCUUGAGAAACUUAUGUCUGCUGGAGAUUUUUAUCUGUGAGCAUUUGGGAAGGACAUCAGGUUCAAAGACCACAGUUGCCAUGCACCUCUGCCUGUUUCUCUAAUGCUGCCAUGCAUCUCUUCAGUUUCAAGUUAAAAAGAAAAAUUAAAACUCUAU